GGAGCUAAAUUAAAGCGUAAAUAAAUGAAAUGCUGCUUCUUUGCUCUAACAAUAGCUCUGUAUGUAACAUCUGACGAAGAGCCAGGAGAAAUAAAACACCGAAGUCAGUCUCCGUUUGCUUGGAACAGCCGCUUGAUCCAGCUAACGUUAGCCAAACCAGUGGACGUGCGAGUUCUAUCUUAGAAUUAGGCGAAUUCAAAGUUUGUUCCAUUAUCAACACAGUAACAGCCCAUAUUUAACAUAAAUUAAGAUAUUUUAGAAAUCGGCAAAUACCACUUUUAAAUUCGGCUUAGAUGUCAAACAGCGAAUAUCGUAUUUCAACUACAUUUUCACUUUAGUUCGGUUUAAUUCACGGAAGAGGCGAAAGUCGUCGCCUGAGACUUAGGGACCGAGGAGAUGGCUCCUUUUCAAAUUGAAUAAUAUCUCAACGGAGUUCUUUACACAGCAAACUCACUUGUUUAUAAAGGGUCAGUGUUGGUGCCCGGAGGUCAAAGGUCAACUGCUGCAGCCUUCAUCAUGGUCAGACAGCAUCGGAGGACAGACAGGUGUUUUCUACCUGCGGCAGGUAACAGCGUGGCGCAGGUUCGAUUCCCUGUUGGCACCAUACAGAGGAGACAGCGUCCGUCUCACCAGGUGACAGGCAGGAAGUGGGCGGGCUCAGGGACAGGAAGUGCUGACAGCCGGCAGUACUGCAGCAGCUCCACCACCACAGAAGAAGAGAGAAGAGAUGAACGUGGAGACCUGGUACCCGGAGGUUCAGGAGAGUCAAAGAGGGCGAGAUUGGGAAGACCUGAGGAGUCUGCAGCUCUGGUCCCGGGGUCAUGUGGUCAACCAGCAACUGAGAGCUGCUCCACAGGAGCAGACGGUGUUUCGUCCAGAGUUCCUCCUGCUGUCCAGCAGGGGUCAGCAGAGCACAGUGAGGACAGCAGAGCAGCUGAGCUGCAGAGUGUGGGGUCAUUAAAGGUCACCAUCCAGCGGAGCAGUGAGAGCAGAGAGUUUGGACAGACGGACAGGACAGCAGACAGACAGACAGGUGGACUCCACUGUCACGUCUGUAACCUCACCUGUCGCUCUCUGCAGGUGUUUCACGAACACAUGUCAGGAGCAGAACACGUGAAGAAACUGCAGGAGAUCACGCACUCAAUCUGCCUCAAUACACACACACUGCAGGACAGGGGGCGUCGGCCUGACCCUCAGCACUGGUGCGACACCUGUCAGACCCACUUUAGUGGUGAUGUCAUCAUCCACCGACGGACAAAACAACACAAGAUGUGCAAACAGCUGUGUCGUCCCUUCUGUCCGGUGUGUAAACGUCACUUCAGGACUCCCAGGAAGUUUGUGGAGCACAUGAAGUCUCAAGAACACAAACAGCAGGUGCACCUGCAGGACGCUCAAGAGGAGGAGCUGAUCACUGUGGACGCUGUCGGCUGCUUCCAGGAGGAGGAGGAGGAGGAGGAGGAGGAGGAGGAGGAAGCAGCAGUAGCUGAUGAUGAAGAAGAAGAGGAUGAUGUACGAAAAGAGGCAACAGAGGACAGAGUGUGUGAGACAGGUGACACAGAGGCGUAUGACCCCCACAUCACAUACGGAAGCAGUUUUGUGGCUCCCGUGUCUGGUUUCCUGUGUCGACUCUGUAACAAGUUUUUCCACAGAGAGACCACAGCACGACACACACACUGCAGGACGCACACACACUACCUCAACUUGCAGAGCCACAGAGCUCAGAGGAGAAACUCCGACAGUGAAGGAGAGACGAGGCGAGAGGAGAAACAUGACGCCGAGGACACAGCUGCUCCGACCUGACCUGCUCAGACCGUAUCCCACAAUGCAUCUGUGUAUCCAGGUGAUGGACCGAUGACGAUGUCAUCCUACUGUCUGAUGCACGUGAAGCACAAAACACAUUUUUUGUUCAUGUGCAGUAUUUUCAUCUGCUACAUGUGUUCGACCCAUCGACAGCUGGAAAACAACUGAACUAUCUAAUCAAAGCUCGCCAUCAUUAAACAGGUCGGCUCACA